AAUCUCUCUCCUCUUUGCCCUUCGCCAAAGCAAUUGAAUUCGCAUUCCCACCUCCGUUCCUGCAUCAGAUUCUCAUCGUCGCACAGUCAAAACCUUACAACGCCGAUAAAAAGGGAUCGACAAAUCAAAAUCCUGUCCCCCAAAAAUCCCGGAUUGUCUCGACAGGGAUUAAUCUCGGGAUCGUGGACCGUUGGGGCUGCAUAGCCCAUUUCCAAAUAAUUUUAGGGUGAUCGGUGACAAAUUUCCCCGCGAUUUGGUUGAGCGCGGGGCGAGAAGAGGAUGUCUAAAUUUGCGGGAGUUGUAGUUUCUGAUCAACUUCACAGCCAGUUCACGCAAGUCGAGCUUCAAGGCCUUAAAUCCAAAUUUGAGGCAGUGAAAAAUGAGAAUGGUAAAGUUACGGUUGGAGAUAUACCCUCCUUAAUCAUGAAACUGAAGAGUUCGAAUGAUGUAUUUAACGAGGAGGAGAUUAGACAACGAUUGGAAGAAUCACAUUCUGACAUCAAUGACGAGGUGGAUUUUGAAGGCUUCCUCAGGUCAUAUGAAGAUGAACGAAAUAAAGUCAAUGAAAAAUCUGGGGGUGCAAAGACCCCUUCAUCCUUCCUGAAGGCAACCACAACAACUCUUCUUCACACCAUUGAUGAAACUGAAAGGGCUUCAUAUGUUGCACAUAUAAAUAGCUACCUCAGGGAUGACCCAUUUUUGAAGCAGUUCCUUCCACUGGAUCCGUCCACAAAUGCUUUAUUUGACCUUGCAAAGGGUGGAGUCCUAUUAUGCAAGCUUAUCAAUGUUGCGGUGCCUGGUACAAUAGAUGAGCGGGCUAUCAACACGAAAAAGGUACUCAACCCUUGGGAAAGAAAUGAGAAUCACACACUAUGCCUCAACUCUGCAAAGGCUAUUGGAUGCACGGUAGUCAAUAUUGGCACUCAAGAUCUUGUUGAAGGAAGACCUCAUCUGGUACUUGGAUUAAUUUCUCAAAUUAUAAAGAUCCAACUACUGGCAGAUCUCAACCUCAGAAAGACGCCCCAGCUUUUAGAAAUUGUGGAUGACAACUGUGAUGUUGAGGAGCUUAUGUCGCUUGCUCCUGAAAAACUUCUGCUGAAAUGGAUGAAUUUCCAUCUUAAGAAAGGCGGCUACAAAAAGACAGUGACAAACUUUUCUUCUGAUCUGAAGGAUGGAGAGGCUUAUGCCUACCUGCUUAAUGUACUUGCACCGGAGUUUUGCAACCCCACCACCUUAGAUACAAUGGACCCCUAUGAACGGGCUGAUUUGCUUCUUGAGCAUGCAGAACAAAUGAACUGCAAAAGAUACCUUACUCCCAAGGACAUUGCAGAGGGGUCCUCCAAUUUGAACCUUGCUUUCGUUGCACAAAUAUUCCAUGAAAGGAGUGGCUUGUCAACAGACAGCCAUAAGUCAUCUUUUGCAGAAAUGAUGACAGAUGAUGAGCAAAUAUCCAGAGAGGAGAGGUGCUUCCGCCUGUGGAUCAAUAGCUUAGGAAUUUCCUUGUAUGUGAACAACUUGUUUGAAGAUGUCAGGAAUGGGUGGGUUCUUCUAGAAGUGCUGGAAAAAGUUUCCCCAGGAUCUGUCAACUGGAAGCAUGCUUCAAAACCACCAAUAAAAAUGCCAUUUCGAAAAGUAGAGAAUGCCAACCAAGUUGUUGAGAUAGGGAUGAAUUUGAAACUAUCCCUAGUCAAUGUGGCUGGUAAUGAUAUUGUGCAAGGGAAUAAGAAGCUUAUACUUGCUUUCCUUUGGCAGUUGAUGAGGUAUAAUAUGCUUCAACUUGUUAAAAAACUAAGAACCCGAUUUCAAGGGAAGGAGAUUAGUGAUGCUGAUAUACUGAGCUGGGCCAAUCGAAAAGUCAGGAGUCAUGGCAGAAAAUGUAAAAUUGAGAGUUUCAAGGACAAGAGCAUUUCAAAUGGAUUAUUCUUUCUUCAGCUUCUCAGUGCAGUUGAGCCUCGAGUUGUUAACUGGAACCUCGUAACCAAGGGUGAGAGUGAUGAGGAGAAGAGGCUAAACGCUACAUAUAUCAUCAGUGUUGCAAGGAAGCUUGGAUGUUCAAUAUUCUUAUUGCCUGAUGAUAUCAUAGAGGUGAACCAAAAAAUGAUCCUGACUCUUACGGCAAGUAUUAUGUACUGGAGCCUUCAGCAGCCUGUCUAUGACUCAGACUCAUCUUCCGCAGCUUCGUUUAGUCGUGGGACGUCACCAGAACCUGUAGCCGAGGAGGCUACAUCCCCUGCAUCUGUUUCUACUUCAGAUGCACUAGCUACAUCGGCUAAUGGAUGUCCAUCUUCAACGAAUGGAAAUUCAUAUCCUAGUGCUGCAGCUUCUCGCGAUAAGCCCCCGACCCCAUCAGCUUCUGGGGAUGAUGUCUCAAUUGUUUCUGAAUUAUCUCAACUGACGAUGGACGACACAGCAUCUGAUACCGUCAUAUCUGCAUCGGCUGAUGAUCAGGUAUCAGAUACUGCAACGUCUGCUCUGGCACCGGAAAGCGAUGAGGCACAGUUGGCAAGUGAAUAGCCAUGUUUGGAAAAAUUUUGUUUGGUUGGAAGAAAGGAGAAGAAACAAAAGAACAGAAGAAUAUACACCUUUAGGUCAGUCACUGGGAGUAAUAAAGUCUUAUAUUGCACACAGAGGUAUAUAUAUGCCCAUAAUUUAAAAUGAAAAAAUGCUACUAUAUUUUAUUUGUUGUUUUUUUUUUUCACACAAAUUUAUUCUUCAAUUUUUCUGUAAAUUUUGGGUUUGAUUAUGGAGCAAGUCCCCUUGCAGUUUAUAUUUGUAUCUGAGGUUGGGAACUUCCUGAAAUACAGGAAAUACAUUGUAAUGAUCCUUGAUAAUUAAUAAAUUUUCGUAACACAA